AUGUCUGUGAAAGGUGCUAAAUCCAGCACAUUUGUUGACUCUAGCGACGUAGAAGAGGUCAUCUACAGAAAAGACAGACAAUGCACCGACGUAGUUGCUCUGAUCAUUAUGGCAGUUUACAUGGUCGGCUUGACCACUAUUUUACUGCUAGCCACAUUUGCUUUAGGUAUUUAUUUCAUCCUAAUCAUCGAAAGCACCGGUAAACCCGCAGUGAUUGGGAACAGUGUCGUAUAUGAGAAAAAAGCCCUUGUACAUGCUGCUCGAUGGUACAACAUUAUCGCUCUGAUUUGGUUUAGUUGUUUUUUAUUUGACUGUCAACACAUGGUCACUGCGGGUGCAAUUGCCGCCUGGUAUUUUACCCGAAAUAAGCAUGGACUGAACAACGCGGAAGGAAGAAGCUGUUCAGUACUGAUCAAAUAUCAUUUAGGAAGCGUAGCAUUAGGGUCGUUGAUACUAGCAGUAACAGUGUUAAUUCGGUUCAUCGUGAAACUUCUCCAAAAGAUUGCGACACAAACAAGAAGCGGCUACAUUGCUUGUAUUGCACUCGUCUGCGCUUGCAUCUUCAAUUGCAUUCGAUCGAUUGUAGAGAUGAUUCAGAGAAAUGCGUACAUUCUAGUCGCGCUGCAAGGCCUGCCGUUUUUCAAGGCCGGCAAGAGUGCAGUUAAAUUGAUGAUGGCUGAUGCACCGAACUUCGUAUCAGUUUAUGCCAUCACUAACAUAGUUUUCCUAUUGGCGAAAUGGUCUGUUCUACUAUCUGUUGGAUCAGCUGCGGUAGUAGUUUUGCAGAUGAAACAUGAUCUGUAUCAUCCCUACGUUUUGGUAGCGAUCCUGGGACUGGUCAUUUACCUGAUUACGCAUUGCUUUAUGGCGGUGUACGAAAUGACAGUUGCUACUAUUUUCCUGUGUUUCUGCAAAGACAUCCAGCUUAACAACGGUACUGAUCGGCCGUACUAUAUGUCUAACAAUUUGGGAAAAUUUCUUCCAAAUGCAGUGCAGUCCGAAACAGCACAGCAGAACCAAGCCAGUAUGUCGUGA